AUGCAUCUAGCCACCAUAUUCAACUCAAACCUUGCGGUUAUUCUCCUAAUCCUAGCCACCCCCCUACUAAUAACCUUAACCCCAUCCCCCCUUAAAAACUGAGCAAUCCGCGUAAAAACCGCUAUUCAAACAGCUUUCUUUGCCAGCCUAUUUCAGCUAUCCCUAUUCCUAACACAAGGGUUACAUACCACAACGACCAGCUGACAUUGAAUAAAAAUCUCAACAUUUAAUAUUUCUCUCAGCUUCAAAUUCGAUUUUUAUUCAAUCAUUUUUAUUCCAGUUGCACUAUACGUAUCCUGAUCAAUCCUAGAAUUUGCCUUAUGAUAUAUACACGCAGAUCCACGUAUAGAUCAAUUCUUUAAAUACUUGCUAGUUUUCCUAAUUACCAUAAUUAUCUUAGUAACAGCUAAUAAUCUCUACCAACUCUUCAUUGGAUGAGAAGGCGUUAGUAUCAUAUCCUUCCUACUCAUCAGCUGAUGAUACGGCCGUGCAGACGCUAACACUGCUGCCCUUCAAGCAGUAAUUUAUAAUCGAGUAGGAGAUAUCGGACUAAUCUUAAGCAUAACAUGGUUUGUAAUAAACCUAAACACAUGAGAAAUUGAACAAACAUUCUCCUUUCUUAAUGACACCCCCACCACACUACCCCUAUUAGGACUAAUCUUAGCGGCCACAGGAAAAUCAGCCCAAUUUGGCUUACACCCGUGACUAACUGCCGCAAUAGAAGGUCCUACGCCGGUCUCUGCCCUACUACAUUCAAGUACUAUGGUCGUUGCUGGAAUUUUUCUUCUCAUCCGAUUUCAUCCCUUAAUUGCACAAAACCCAACAGCCCUUACCAUCUGUCUCUGCUUAGGUGCAUUGUCAACUAUAUUUGCUGCAACAUGCGCCCUCACCCAAAAUGACCUCAAAAAGAUCGUAGCAUUCUCAACAUCAAGUCAACUAGGACUAAUAAUAGUUACUAUUGGUCUUAACCAACCCCAACUAGCCUUCCUCCACAUCUGUACCCACGCCUUCUUCAAAGCUAUACUCUUCCUAUGCUCUGGUUCAAUUAUUCAUGACUUCAAAGACGAACAAGACAUCCGGAAGCUAGGACAUGUUCAUGCCCUUCUUCCAUUCACCUCCGCCUGCAUAGUAGUAGGAAGCCUUGCCUUAACCGGUAUACCCUUCCUAUCAGGAUUCUUCUCCAAAGAUGCAAUCAUUGAAGCAAUAAACACUUCUUACCUAAACGCCUGAGCCCUUACCCUUACUCUCCUAGCGACCUCCUUUACAGCCGUGUAUAACUUUCGUAUCACCUUCUAUGCCCUCAUAAACUUCCCACGAUGUAUCUUCCUUCCACCCCCAAAAGAAGACUACUCGCCUGUACGAAACCCCAUUAAACGCUUAGCCUGAGGAAGUAUCCUAGCCGGAUUCCUAAUUACAUUAAACUGUCCCAAGACAGAAACCCCAAUUCUUACAAUACCAAUAACCCUUAAACUAAGCGCUUUACUAGUAACAAUUUUAGGACUCCUAUCAGCCAUAUGGCUAAAAACCCUGAUAAAUAAAUUACCUAAUAAAUCACCUGCCUCAAAUACAAUAACACAAAAAUCAAAAAUCCCAAUAGACAACCCUGCUAAAAUUAUCUUCAACUUUUCAAACCUAACAGGAUAUAUUCCAACAAUUAUACAUCGAAUAGCCCCCAAAGCUAACCUCACCAUAGGUCAACUGAUAGCAACACAACUAAUAGACCAAACAUGACUCGAAAUUUCACUCCCAAAAGGCAUUACAUCAAGCCAACUACCAUUAACCAAACUCACAAGCGAUAUCCCACGAGGAAUAGUUAUAACCUACCUGACUACCUUUAUCUUCACUACACUCUUGUCAACCUUGUUACUCAUCUUAACCCAACCUGACUUACCCAUUUUGACCUAA